AGUAAAUCAUCCCGCAAACAAUUUCAAUCCCUGCCAAAAGUUUGCCUCAAAAUGCCGACCUUGCUCGAAGCGCUGGAAGAAAAGUAUGGCCUAGAGGCGGACGACAAGGAGGCGCACGCGGAACCGGAGGAGGUACUGGUGUCCAUCUUUGUUCCGAAGCUGCCACCGAGACAAAGCACCCCGCAGCUGCUUAUACUGAACGAUUGCAACAUCGACCGGGCCGGUGAGCCGGAGGAUCUGAAGAAGAAGUGUCGCAUCGUACGGGAGCUCGAUCUGGCGCAGAAUAAGCUGAACAAUUGGAACGAGGUGUUUGUCAUUCUUUCGCACAUGCCACGGGUCGAGUUUGUCAAUCUCAGUCUUAACCAUCUGACCGGCCCCAUUGAGACGCCGGCGGUCACGAAGAUGGACCAUCUACGCAACUUGGUGCUUAACAACACCAAGCUGGAGUGGUGCAGUGUCGAGACGCUGCUCCGGUUGCUGCCCGCCCUCGAGGAACUGCAUCUUAGCCUUAACGAGUAUACGCACGUGCUGAUCGACACCGCCACCGGCGAGGAUACGGCUUCAGUGGCAGCUUCUAGUCAAAAGCAGCGAGAAGAGGAUACAGUGGCGGCGGGUGCCUCCGCUGCUGCAGCCGCUGAAGGGUCAACUACAUCGGUGCCCUUCCGAACCAAUCCGCACGCCGGCGUCCGGAAGGUGCACCUCACGGGCAACUACAUUUCCGAGUGGAACGAAGUUUGCCGCAUCGGACGCGUCUUCCCCCAGCUGGAGGCCCUCGUGCUGGCGGACUGUCCCCUGAGAUCGCUGAAACCCACGGAUGCUGAAGGCAACGAAAAACCGGAAGACAGUCAUAAACACUUCCAGAACUUAAAGCUGCUCAACCUAAGCAACGCCAAAAUCGACUCGUGGGACGAUAUCGACCGGUUGUCCAACUUCCCUGCCCUGUGCAAUGUGCGGCUUCAGUACUGGCCACUGUGGGCCCGAACCGAUUCGACGACGGAACACGAAAGGCGUCAGCUGCUGAUAGCGCGCCUUCCGAACAUCAGUAUUCUGAACGGGGGUGAUACGAUCGGGGCCGUGGAACGGGAGGACGCCGAGCGAACGUUCAUACGCAACUACUUGGACACUGCCGACGCGGAGCGGCCCGCCCGGUACUACGAGCUGGUCGGAGUGCACGGCAAGCUGGACCCGCUCGUCAACAUCGAUCUGCGGCCGGAGCGCAAGGUGAAGGUACGGUUUACCUUCGAGGACAAGACCAUCGAACGGACGGUCGAUGUUAACAGAACGGUGAGCGAUCUGAAAUCGCGCCUGGAGCGCCUGUUUGAGGUGCCAGCGGCCCGGAUGCGACUGUACUACGUCGAUCAGGACUUUCGCGAUCUGCAGGGCCUGGAGGAGAUGAAGUACCCGACGAAGGUCCUGUACAGCUACAACAUCCGCUCCGGUGAUGAGAUCAUCAUCGAGCGGAAGGUGAAAAGUUGAGAUCGUUCACUCGGUUCACGGAAGUAGCAGAUAUUGUGAUCACACAAACGAUACUUGUAACCACCAGCCCCUUUUUACAAAUAGCCACCCUCUCUGAUCCGAUCAUCGUUCGGCCCCGACCAAAACAAAUGGGUAGUUUUGUAGUUUUGUUUUACUUAACUGUUAAGUUGUCACAUUCAACAUCUCUCGACGCGGGGCAGCAGUGUGUUUUAUGAUCCAGUUUUGUUUUUAUUCGUGUUAUUGAAGCUUGAUUUCUGAGACGGACUCGACGGCAGCGAGACGAAGGGAAUCAGAACAAUUUAUACAAGGCAGUCUAAUAAACUAACGAAUUACUUUACAAAAUAAUCCGCCACCCGCUUUUGUGUGCCUAAAGAACGCUAACAGCAUGGCGAUUUGCUGCUUUGGUCCGUCCGUGUGGUAAGUAAAAUGCGUCAGUUGUCGUCUGGUAAUGCCCCCUUGAGA